GGACGGGCUGCCCGUCACCCACCCUCGGGCCUCAGGGAAGAAGCGCCCGAGGCCCACAACAGCAUGGACUCGGAGGAGAUCAGCGAGUCCGGGACAGUGAAAGUGAAGGAGGAAGUCUUGGGAGAUGACUCCGCCAGCAUGGAGAUGAAACGGCAGCGCUUCCGGCAGUUCCGCUACCAGGAGGCCGAGGGACCCCGGGAGGUUUGCAGCCAGCUGUGGUACCUCUGCCAUCGGUGGCUGAAGCCAGAGAGGCACACCAAGGAGCAGAUCCUGGAGCUGCUGAUUCUGGAGCAGUUCCUGGCCAUCCUGCCGCUGGAUAUUCAGAGCUGGGUGAGGGAGCACGAACCGGAGACCUGUUCGCAGGCGGCCACCCUGGCUGAGGAUUUUCUGCAGAUGCAGCAAGAGGCCGAAAGGAGGGAACAGCAGGUGCUCGGACUGUUUGAGAUGGACAAUGAGGAUUCUCCAGAAGCCGAGCAGCCUCCGACAGAGGUGGUGCCAAAGCCCCUGUUCCGGGAAACGAAGCAGGAAGCAGAGGAAGAUGAGGCCCGUUCUUUGGGGACCCUUGGGCAGGUGGAACCGCGGGCAGGAGCCCCCCUUCCCCUCUACCCAGAGGAGGGCAGCUCUGACGACGAGGGCCUAUUGGACCUUGUCUAUGCCGCCAACCUUGAGAUCCACAGCAGGCGGCCACCUCGGCGGACCCGCCUCAUCCGAAUGCGCACCCACGAGCUCCAGGUGUCAGACGAGGAAUGCCUGACCCGCUUCCGGCUGGACCGCCAGGCCAUUCAGGAUCUGUGCACGCUCCUGGCGCCGUACCUGGACGGGGCCUCUGCGAGCCGCAGGCAUAUCCCGACUCUCCAGAAGGUGCUGAUAGCUCUGCAGGUUCUCGGGACCGGCUCCUUCCAGCGGAUGACGGGCGACAACCUGCGGGUGUCCCAGUCCUCUGUCAGCCGCUGCCUGGACGCUUUCCUGGAAGCGAUGCUCCGCCACGUGCACGAGCACAUAACCUUCCCCACCACUGACUCAGAGCUCCGCCGCACCAGGGAAGCGUUCUUUGACAUUGCCGGCUUCCCAAACGUCAUCGGGAUAGUGGACUGCACCCACGUGCCCAUCAUAGCCCCCGCAGACAUGCCGGCGCUCUACCGCAACUGCCACAACUUCCACAGUCUGAAUGUGCAGGCCACCUGCGACGCGUCAGGGUGCUUCACCCACGUGUUGGCGAAGUUCCCCGGGAGCGUCCAUGACGCUCGGAUAUUCCAGCUGUCCCAACUGCAGAGACUCCUGGAGUCGUGGCCCGAAGGGAAGGGAUGGCUCUUGGGUGACAGCGCCUACCCCUUGCGCCCUUUCCUCAUGACUCCACACCGUGAUGAAGGCCCAGAACCUGUGGCACGUUACAAUGCCACUCAUGAAACAACCCGGAUGGUAGUGGAGAGGGCGUUUGGGCAACUCAAGAUGAGGUUCCGGUGUCUCCACUCCACUGGGGGCAGGCUCAUGCUUCGCCCAGAGAAGGUGGCCAAGGUGUUCGUGGUGUGUGCCAUGUUGCACAACAUGGCUCUCCGGCGUCAGUUGCCGAUCAUCAAUGGGGGACAGGGGGUGGACACCGAGGUCCCUGUGCCUCCGUACUUGGAAACGGACGGCGUCGUGGAGCAGGAUCCUCGUGGGGCGGAAGUUCGGGAGCAGAUCAUUAGCAACUAUUUCACACAAUAAACUCAGCUUUCAGUAGAUA